AUGGAGCCGGAGACGGAAAGGACCGAGAGGCACCCUAGUAACGGCAGGAAGAGGAGGCGGGCCCCAGUCAGGCUGGUUGGGGCGGCCGAGGCGAUGCGAGCCCGUUGGGAUCUAGAAGAGAGGCAGCCUGACGCCAAGAAAGUUCGCUUAGCUAACAUUUUAUUUGCUGAAAACUGUGAAGUAACCCACAGCCAGCUAUGUGAAUUCCUGAAGUAUGGAGUGCUGGGCAAAUCUCCUGUUCCUCAACCCAGCUGGUGUCAGCUUUUUCACCAAAACCACCUGAACAUUGUGGUGGUUUUUGUUCUGCAGGGAAUGAGUCAGCUGCACUUUUACAGGUUCUGUUUGGAGUUUGGAUUUCUCCAAAGGGCGUUCAGACAUGUAAGAUUUUCUGACUAUGAAAACUUUGUGCCUAGAGGUUUUGUAACAGACAACUACCCUCUCUUUGGACUUGACUGUGAAAUGUGCCUCACAUCCAAGGGAAGAGAACUAACACAAAUCUCACUGGUUGCUGAAGGAGGCUACUGUGUGAUGGAUGAGUUUGUUAAACCUGACAACAAGAUUCUGGACUACUUUACCCACUUCUCCAGAAUCACAAAGAAGAUUCUUAACCCAGUGAUGACCAAACUCAAAGAUAUACAGAGACAGUUACAAACACUGCUUCUUUCUGAUGCUGUGUUGGUGGGCCACUCUUUAGACCUGGAUAUCAGAGCAUUGAAAGUGAGUAUACAUCCAUAUGUAAUUGAUACAUCAUUGCUUUAUGUCAGAGAGCAGGGCAGAAGAUUUAAACUAAAGUUAUUAGCCAGAGCUGUUUUGGGAAUUGCCCAGGUCAAUCUGGAGGCACCUGCCAGUUGCCAUGAAUUGCAAGCAUCAGGCCAAGAGCCGAGAAAUAAAAUAGACGUGCAGCAGCCAAACACAAGUGUUUUAGAAUGCUUGGACUCAGUGGGUCAGAAACUCCUUUUCUUGACCCAGGAGACAGAUGCUAGUGAACUUUCUUCUUCCAGAAACUGUCAGACUAUUAAGUGCCUUUUAAAUAAAGAGCUUCUUGAACAGGCCAGAGUGGAGAUGCCCCUGUUUCCCUUCAGCACCGUCCAGUUCCCUUUUGAGCCUUUUUCACCCAGCCUUGCUGAGGAGAUGAACAACAGGAUGAGGAUCAAGUGGUCAGAGAUGUCAACGGUCUAUGUUGGGCCAUUUAGCAAAAAUUGCAACCUCUAGGUGCUGGAGAGGUUGUUGAAGAGCUUUGCAGUUCAAUCAAUGACUUUUGUUCUUGAAACCCAUCAGCCUCAUCUCUGUAUCCAGUAUGAAAUCCUGAAAGCUGCCCAGCUGGCCAUAGAGACCUUGGAUGGUGUUGUGGUAGAGGGGAUCUGCAUCAAGGUGCAGAGGCCUGUGACAGAGCUCACCCUUGAUUGUGACAACCUCAUGAAUGAACUGGAAUGAGAUUCUGACCAAAGUACUAUUUACCUGUGUGGAAUGAGCGAAACCUUCAAAGAACACCUAUUGCAGCAGCCCAGCCCCUUCCUUGGCCUGGAAGCUUUGAUCUUGCCUAAAGGUCUUAAAAGCAGAAAGCAGAAACAUGACUGUUUCCUAAAAUUCAUGGUAUUGGACAGUGCCCAGAGGGCCCUUGGCAUUCUCACAGGGAAGGGCUGGAAGCUGAAAGGCAGACAUGCCCUAACCCCCAGGCAUCUCCACACAUGGUUCAGUGCCUUGCCUCUUGAAUCAAGAAGGCCCCCAAGGCUUCGUGUCUUACCACCAGAGCAGCAGGCCUUACAGGCCCUGAAGGUGGACCACCCAAAGGUAGCAGCAUGGCGCUGGGGCCAAAAGAUUGGAAAGCUGUACCACAGCCUAUACCCAGGCAUCCUCUGCCUCAUCCUAUGCCAAGAACCAAGGGGUAAGAUCUGUGAAGGGUGGUCCCUUUGUGACUGGCCCUGGGUUCCAUAG